UCUCAUGUUUCACAUCUGAUAUAUGAGACCAGAUUGUUCUAGGUAAAUUGUUCUAGGGGCCCAAACAGGACAUUUUUUCACUAUUUGAGGCCUUAAAGAAGGGGGAGGGGUAGAAAGUGCGUUGUUUCGCUUAUAUAUGAGGUACAGGCUAUAUAAUAAGAUUUAUUAUAAUGGAAUACUGCACUAUGUAAAGAUAAUAUAUACUGUAAUGCAUUUAACUGAACUGCAUCAAAUGAUUUUGAUAUUACAUGUAAAAUUUUUCAACUUGUAAAUAAGAAUACUUUGUGUACAUUUGUUAAGAAUGUGCUUAUGUCAAUGAAUUAAUGUUUAUUUGUUUGUAACAGAGCUGCAGCCUAGCACAGACAGCAUGUACACUUGAUUCUGCUGAAGCAUACCUGCUCUUACUUAAAGCAGGCAAUGAAAUAUCUGUUUUUGGUGAAUCUGGAUGUGUAAUGAUCCUGAAAGAUUACCAUAUUUCUGAAAAUAAACUACAUCCUGAGAAAUAUGUUUUAGUCCAAAGACAGGCCAUGACUGAUUUCAAUGAAGAGUGUCAUUGGGUGUUCUGGUGUAGUUGUGACAGCAAUAGUUCUAGACAGAUUUCCUCUUUGAAUACUAAUGUGAACAUGUCAAUUAAAGUGUUCUACAGACCCUGCCAAGAUUGUGGUGCUGCAGCAGUAUUUGAAGGACAAUCAAAAUGUCUGCUCAAUCUUGGCACAUAUCUUGUUGGUUAUGAUGUUUUGAGGUCCUACAUGCAUAGCUUUCUUCAUGGGAGCUACUCUGAGCGAACUUUUUUUGAAGAUGCUACCACAAGACAUCUCCUGAAGCGUUUCACAGCAGAUUCAGCUCGUGGGGUUAAGUUAACACCUCUGAGUGAAUCCGAUAAACAUAAGCUUCUGUCAUCAGUGGAGAAAGUUUCUAAGUUUCUUUAUAAAUGUGAUUACAAUUUGUAAUGGACAAUUUUCCUGUUUUCUUGUAUUUGAAUGUGAACUUCAUUACAACAAUGUUUAUACACAUUAACUUACAAGAAAAGAGAUCAAUAUCCCUAUUCAGGUAAGCGAUUUCAGGGCCAUCAUGGUCCUCAUGUUGAUGUCAAGUGAUUAAAAUUAACAUGAUUUUGGCUUUGUGUAGCAUUUAUAGUUAAAUAUUUAUUUCCGUUUUUGUGCUAAGAAUUUCGCUUAUAUAUAAGUGAAGGUGAUUAAAAUACCACCAUAGACAUAUAAGUCUCAAUAUCGUAUGUGCCUUGUUAAUGUAUGUCUUGGAGCCCUUUAUUUGGAAGUAUUUAUAUUAUUGUUUUAUGAGUGAUGCCGUUUACUGGAUAGUUGCAUGCGUAUUUGCUCAUUUCUCUGUACCAAUAAAUAUAUGCCUUGACUACAAA